AUGGCCUCUUCAACCCGCUCACCAUCGCCCAGAACGCUGCCGCGCACCCGCAGUGUUCAGAUCCGUGAACAACCUGACAUAACAUCCAGUGCCUCCCACCGUGCUGAGAGCAAUGAUGUCAGUGGUAAUCACGAGUCAUCCGCCGACGAAAUCACCCCUAUAAUCACACACCCUCGCGGAGGGAGCAAGCGCUAUGAUGGCAGUGGCGGCCCGGCUCCGCAGAGCCCCAGUCGAAGUAGUACCUCUAGCAUGCGGAAGCGACGCAAGAGAGGUCAGGAGCCUAAUGAUGAAGGGAAUGAGGGCUGCUCCGAUACCGGAGUAGAGCGCAAAGGGGCACAUAGGUUGACGGCAUGGAUAAGAGAUACAGCUGAGAAAUAUGGCAGCAUUGAAUUGGAGAACAAAGGGAGUACUGCGAGGGAUCAUUUGGCUCUCGAACGGACUUUCCUCGCCUGGCUCCGCACCUCCCUUGCUUUCGCUUCAAUCGGCAUUGCCAUUACCCAGCUCUUCCGCCUCAACACGACCAUUGAGCGUCGCGAGGGGCGCCAGCCUAGUGAUACGGCUGGAGGAUACCACCUUCGGCAAGUAGGAAAGCCAUUGGGAGCCACAUUUUUGGGCAUUGCGAUUGUGGUUCUUUUAGUCGGCGGAAGAAGAUACUUUGAGAGUCAAUAUUGGAUUAUGCGAGGCAAAUUUCCUGCUAGCAGAGGAAGCGUCUUCCUCAUCACCUUUGUCGCAGCGGCAUUGAUCGUUACAAGUCUGGUCGUCGUUUGUGUAGUCGACCCGAGUGUGUUCGAGAAGAGAUGA